AUGGGUCCACACUGUCCAACGAAUGUAACGACCAGACUGGUUGAGGCUAAUAGUGCUGUUUUAAAUCCACCAUUUGAUUGGUCAUUAUCAGAGAAAACAUUCACACCCGAUGAUCCUUAUUGUUUUGAUAAGGAUCCAAAUUUUGCUGUAGUAUCGUUUGAUGGGGCAGCAACUAUAACUCCCACUGCACAUUGUUCUGCUUGCUUUGAUCUUUGGAAAGAUGGAGGACGUGACGAAUAUUGCAUAUUUUUUCUGUCUGGAACUGGUGAAUCUCUAGACUAUGAUAAAGCCAAUCGAUAUCUAUUUCCGGUCAUAGCAACUGAUGGAACAGCCACUGUGGCCUCUGCCACUGUUACUUUACAGAUCUUGAAAAAUACUCCACCGUUUUUUACUGUCGGAAAAUUAUCGGCUGCUGGAACCAUACCUGUUACAUUGGAUGUUGGUGACUCUUUCUUUUCAACAUCCGUGAAUGACCUUGAAGAGGAUGUAGGUGAUCUUGAAUUUACAAUCGACACCAGUACAUAUUCAGGAUUUUUCUACAUGAAUUCGGCAGAUAUCCAUGUAGGUAAAGAUAUGCAAGAUAUCUGUGCAGAAUCUUUCAACCUGUCUAUUCGAGUUUCUGACAGAUUCAAUGCGCCUAUUGGUCCAUUCGUGGUCAUCAUUACUCUAGACAGAGGAGGAAAUAGUUACAAGCCAGCAAUCACCACUAAAAACAUUAAUCGUAACGCAAGAGAAAAUGCAAAUGGCGACUUCCUGUAUCUUAAGGGUGAUGUUGUUGCCGGAGGAAAUUGUGUAGUGUCAGCUAAUCCUGCCUCUAUGUCCUCACACUAUGCUUUUGUCUGUUCGCCGGCAGCUCCAUACAUCAUCCAAACCAAAAUUGCUAAUUAUGAGACAGAUUCACCUGUAAAUUACACUGUUGUUUAUAAUAAUGGACAUUGUGACAGUGACCCAUUCUGGAUCAAUAUAGUUUGGCAAAAUGAACUGGAAACACCAACCUUGUCAGCUUCACCUCAAGUCUUUACCAUAGACGAAGGAUACAUUAGAUUGGAUCCAGUGUAUGUUAUAACAGAUGACGAUGGUACUGAUACACAUAAAUAUUCCAUCAUUUCUGAUCCUACUGGUAAAUUUGAGAUAAUCGAGGCCACGGGACAUCUCUUUACACCAGGAGUUUAUAGUUUGUAUCAAACUACAAGCGAAACGGUUUUAUUGGACAUCAUAGUGACGGAUUCUGGUAAUUUACAGUCUAAUGUAGUACAACUUACAUUGACAAUUCAGGACAUCAAUGACAACAGACCUAUGUUGGAUCCUUUUACUUCGGUAUAUACUUAUACAGAUUGCUCUACACUUGGUCAGAUAACUACGCUUACAGCACAGGAUAAUGAUGCUGGAAAUAAUGGAAUAUUUGAUUUCAUCCCUGAUAUCUCGCAGUCAAUGCAAUUAUUAAGCAAUGGAGAGGUUUGGUUAAAAGACCAACCAAUAGCAGGUAGUAUCGACACUCUGACAAUAAGAGCUCAGGAUCGUGGUACCCCCUCAAUGACGAGUUUAGACUCAACGAUUACAAUCGUAGGAACUGCUUGCCCUGCGAAAACAACAUCUACUGGACCCACGACAUCGAGUGGACCAUCAACAACUACGACCACCGCGUCCACCAUUGCAGUUACGACAGCUGCAUCCACUAAUACUUUUUCCACAAUAGCUGCCUCUUCACCAGUUACCUCAGCAUCGAGUACAUCGACGGCAAGUACAGUGCCUUCUGGAAGCACGACAAAUACAGACGCAACUACAAGUCAAACCUCAACUUCCUCACAAACACCCAUUGUAACAUCUGUAACAACCGCAUUGGUAGCUGGUGCGUCUACAAGUAGCAUUUUCGAUAACCCCUGGAAUAUCGUAAAUAUUACCUUAGGAUGUGUUGUUUUUGUGAUAAUUGUUGCCCUCGUUAUCUAUUUUACAUAUAGGUGUUGUAAAAAAGAUAAAAAGAGUACUAAUUUAAGUAACAAAGAAGCUUUAAAUUUCAGUUCAAGCAAGAAGAAUGCCGUGAAACCUACACGAAAACCUAUCGAUAAACCAAAGGUAGAGAGACAGGGUGAUGCCGAAAGUGGAGUAUACUCUAUACGAAGUUAUGAUGAUGCCCGAUCCGGUGUAAGCGCGUCUGGCAUCAAACCGACAGUACGUGUCGAGACAACGGAAAGUUUAGAUAGAGUGAGUCUCUCUGAUAGCAUAGGUUACAGCGAUUAUUUCAACCCAUCUGUAGUUGGAAAACCUGGUUCUGCAAAUUCAGGAAGCUUUUGGAGUAAAGGUACUAGAUUUUUGAACAAUAAUUAUGACUUUAGAACCUUAUUUGGUUAUAUCUAUGAUAUCUAG